AUGCUCACCCGACAAGGAACAACAGUGGCAGAAGCACACUCCCUCAACCUGGAUGGCCAGUGGAAACUCUCCAACCAGGACAAAACUAUCCACGUGUCUGCCACCGUGCCUGGUCAAGUGCACUUGGACCUUAUUCAAGCCAACAUUAUCGACUACGACCCUUACUAUGGAACUAACUAUGUCAAAGAAUAUAUGCGAGAGAUCAUUGACAAUGCCUGGACACUCGAAAAGGCAUUCGACAUGGACCAGGAGUUUACCCAUGCCUUCUUGGACUGUGAGGGCUUGGACACUCUUGCAAGUAUUACUCUGAAUGGGACAGCCAUUGGAUCGACCGAUAACCAGUUCCGACACUAUCAGUUCGACAUCUCCAAAGCUCUUGUCAGAAAGUCCAACAUCCUUCGAAUCACCUUCGAUAAUGCUGUUCGUGUCUCCAAGGGCAGAGCGGAGGCCUACCCUUAUUAUGUCCCUGACAUGUUCAACAUGAGUGCCGCUCAGCAUGGGUUUCCAAACCGCAACUUUGUCCGCAAAGAACAGUGCUCAUUCUCUUGGGAUUGGGGUCCGGCGUUUGCUCCUUGCGGUAUCUGGCGACCCAUCUCCAUCAAGUUGGACAACCAAGGAUUACUGGCAAAGUCAUGGACCUUGUUGACUUCUUGGAACUCCACUUUGGAUGGCUGGGAAGUUCAGAUACGCACCUGUGUCACUUCUACCCGUGAUCAACACCUUCAACUAAAAAUCAACUUCGAUGGCGGACUUCCCAACAUUGAACACGUCGCCAGAAUCACCGCAGGAGACAACACCUUGCAGCACUCCUUCACAGUGGACAGGUCCCAGGUGAAGCUAUGGUGGCCUCGAGGCUACGGAGAGCAGAACAUGUACAACGUGGCAGCAUCGCUGGUGAACGAUAAGGGAUCGACGGUAUCAUCUCACUCUUUCCAAUGCGGAUUCAGGACAUGCGACCUUGUUCAGAAAGCGCUCGCUAGUGGACAGCCUGGCGACCAUUUUCAUUUCCAAGUGAAUGAUGUCGACUUGUUUGCCAAGGGCGCCAAUUGGAUCCCUGGACAUGUCUUUGAUAGCCUGAUGACCAUGGAGAAGAAAAGGUCGUUACUCCAGAGCUGCGUGGAUGCCAACAUGAACAUGGUUCGUAUCUGGGGUGGCGGUCGAUACGAAACAGAUGAUUUCUAUCAAUUGUGCGACGAGCUGGGAAUUAUGGUCUGGCAGGAGUUCAUGUUUGCUUGCGCGUUGUAUCCUACGGAUCGCCUGUUCCUGGAGAAUGUCCAACAGGAAGUCAAGGAUCAAGUCAACAGAUUGAUGUACCACCCAUCCAUUAUCCUAUGGUCUGGAAACAACGAAAACCAAGAGUUCAUGGUGAAAGGGUGGGACAAGGCGACCAUGGAUAAUCCGUACAUUUUCACAACUGUACAUGGAGACCAUCAUGGCCACGCUGCGGACGGUGGACACUUCCAGACCAUUCAUAUCCACCACCCAUACACAGAGCGCUACGUGCUUCAGGAGAAUGAGCGAGGACUGUAUGGAGAUGUCCAUUUCUACGACUACAAGCACAAUGGCCUCCAUGUCGAAUACUACCCCAAGGCUCGAUUCGUCUCUGAGUAUGGCGCGCAGUCGAUGCCGUCUUUCAUAGCAUGGAAAAAAGUGUCCUCCAGCAAGGAUUGGCACCCUCUCUCGAAGUUGUCGAUCCACCGCAACCAUCACGGCAACGGUCAGCAAGAAAUGCUCCAGCAGAUCGACUUUCAAUAUGAGUUACCAUCGUCGCUCCGCAACUAUUUCCACGCGGACCCUGACGCGUCCGAAUCCAUGGUUGACCUUGCCACGCGUGAGACCCUUUUCGAUUUGUUUUGCUAUCUGACCCAGUGUGUCCAAGCACGCUCCAUUGUCGGCCAAACCGAGCACUAUCUUCGUGGUCGGGGUACUGCUAGCCGCACAAUGGGCGCGUUGUACUGGCAGCUCAAUGACAUUUGGCCAGCACCAACAUGGUCAAGUAUCGAACACGGAGGAACAUGGAAGCCACUCCAUUAUUUUAUCAAGCAUGCCUUUGCGGACGUGCUUGUGUCAGGCUUCCAACCUCAAGGAGAGUCGUCCUUUCAUAUUCAUAUAUCAAACGACAAGUCUGUCAGCAUCACAGGCGACUUACAUGUCAAGGCCGUCGAUAUUCGCUCAGGUCAUACGCACUUGGUAUCGAGCACUCCCAUUUCAGUUAAGGCUUAUGGCAGCAAAUUCAUCACGGAAUUUGAUGCUUCUACUUUGCUUGGAAACACAUCGGCCUCGACCUUCUGCUUGGUCCUUGCGACUGUUGUCAUCGGUGGGCAAGAAGGCAUCGAGCAAGUCUAUGAGAUGCUCCCUCAAACAUUCCCUACCCGAGAUGCCUUCUCCAUUGAGCGCUGUUUGACAGAUCCCAAGAUAUGCACCAAGAUCGAGCGCGUCGAAGACCACUCCAAUGGAUACGGGAUUCAUCUGAGCAUUUCUUCCGAUGCGGUUGUUGGGAUGGUCUGGCUGGAGUGGAGGCGAGAUGAGAUUGAGGGCCAUUUUGAUGACAAUGUGUUUUGGCUUCUCCCUGAACAUCCCAAGAGCGUUAUCUAUCAUGGCAAAGGAAAGCGGCCAGAUUCGAUCUUGGAGAGCGACCUGCAGGUCAAAUCGCUCUACGAUGUGGUUCGCUGCUUGCCCGCGAAAUGA